AUGCAAGGCCCUAACGCCAACACCAGCACCAAGUCCUUCAAGCAAGCCUUCCUCAAGAACCUCCUCCUGAACCUCCAUGCACUCACUAGCACAAGUGCAUCAUCCUUCGACGCCAUAAGCCUCCACCAGAGGAAGCGCACCGUGAAGUCCUCCACCGACGUUGCCAUGGCGGCGGCACGCGACGACUCCGGCGACGCCGGUGCCGUGAGGUGGCCCAAGGCUAUCUUAGCCCGAGCGUCCAGGGCGUUCAAGAUGCGGAGGCGCAGGAGGAUCGUGAUCAGGUGCUGCGGCCGGAAGAGGUGCUUGACGAGAAGCCGUGCCGCCGCCUCCAGUAGCGACGGUGGUGAUGCUGCGAGGAGGCUGGUGAGGAGGAGGACCAUGGCGCUGCGGGAUAUGAUACCGGGAGGCCGGGACGCCGCCGUCGACGAGACCACGCUGCUACGCGAGGCCAUGGACUACGUCGUGCAUCUGCGCGCUCAGGUCGACAUGCUCCGUCAGGUCUCGGAGGCCGUGCAAAGAUUCAGCUCCAUUGCUCUGCAGGUUCGUGACGAACAGACUAUAUUGGUUGCUUCUAUUGUGUUCACUGGCGAUCUUCUAUAUCUUACUAAUUACUUGCUUAUUUGGCGUGCAGUGACUCGUAAGCAGAAUGAUGGUAGGGAUUUAGAACCUUUGCCAAAGGGAAAACACCUUAGCUAG